AGUUUGGCUGGCCAGUGCAGAGACGCUGCGAGAGAAUGGUGCACCUUGGCGGCGGGGGCUGCGCGACGCCGUGCCACUCUGCAACUUAGUUGUGCGUCUGCUCGUGUGUGCGUGCGUGCGUCCCUGUGUGUGUGCGUAAAGUUAAGCCGCGGCUCCGAAUGGCUGCAAUCCGUCCUCCGCGCGCGCACGCGUCCGGCGCGGCUUUUCUCACGCUGGCGCUCGUCCUCACCACGACCAGCGACGCGCAGUUCUGGGAGCACCACGGACUGUCCUACGUGCUGCGCUCCGAGCUGUCCGAGGACACGGUGCUGGUGGCCAACAACGGCAUCCGGGUGCCUUUCGGGAGGGCAGCCUUUGUGGAUCCCGUCAACGACCUGGUGAUCCAAGUUCAGCCCGGUGACAGGUGCACCGUCACCGUCUUGGACAAUGACCCUCUGUCUCAGAGGCCCGGGACUCUAAGCCCCAAAAAGUUCCCGUGUGAAUUUGGCCCCAACGAUGUCAAGUACUCCCACUUUGGCUCCCGGAGUCCGGCCAGGGACCGGGUGAGACUGCAGCUCAGGUACGACACGCAGACGGACACUGUUGUGAUUCCUUUCAUGAUGGAGGUGGAGGUGGUCUUCACGCAGCUGGAGGUGCUGACCAAAAACAUGCCGCUCACCGUGGAGAAGCUGCUGGGGACCAGCAACCCCAUCGACAGGCGCGUCUUGGAAUUUACAUUUGACAGGCAAGCGCAGCGGUGCAGGGUCACGCCCCUGUCCGGCGGCGGCGGCGCCUUGCCCAGGUACGGAGUCCUGCUGGACGAGGGCGGCCUGGCUACGGGGAUGACGGACUGCGACCGAUUCACCGAGCUGAACCUGCGCUAUCGCCACACGUUCGCUUUGAAGUCGCCGAGCCGAGAUUACCUCCCCAUGGUGGUGGAGCUGCACGACAACGAGGGCAACCCGCUCAAGCAGGAGUUCUUCCAAAUCUUGGUCAGGAUUAAAGAGGGCGAGGAGAACACGGCGCCCAAAGCCAGCUUCGUGGCCAUGAUGAUGAUGGAAGUGGACCAGUUUGUCAUGACGGCCCUCACCGCCGACAUGCUGGCCGCCGAGGACGCCGAGUCGCACCCCGACGAGUUGAUUUUCAACAUCACGUCGCCGUUGUCUUACGAGGAGGGCUACAUCGUCAGCACGGACGACAGGAAUUUACCCCUGAGCUCCUUUUACCAGGCGGACCUCAAAGACUUCAAAAUCGCCUACAAGCCGCCCGCCGUGGAUUCAGACAGCGAGCGCAUUUUCCAGCUGGAGUUUGAGGUGGUGGACACGGAGGGGGCCGUGUCGGACCCUUUCGCCUUUAUGAUCGUGGUCAAGCCCAUGAACACUCUGGCCCCCGUGGUGAGCAAAAAUACCGGUCAGCUGCUGUACGAGGGACAGUCCAGGCCGUUGUCCAGCUCGCAAAACCUGGAAAUCAGUGACGAAGACAACCUGGACAAGGUCAAAAUCGCUGUGAUCGGCGGCCUGAAACACGGCCAUUUAACCGUCUUGGGCUCAGGCGGGAAGUUUUUCACGCCGGCCGACCUGAACGCCGGCCCAGUGGUUUAUCAGCACGACGGCAGCGACACCUACAGCGAUAACAUUGUUUUUCGAAUGACGGACGGCUCGCAUCAGGUGGAGUUUCUCUUCCCCAUCACCGUGGUGCCCACCGACGACGAGCCGCCCAUCGUCAACGCCAACACCGGUUUGAUUCUCUUCAAGAACCAAAUGGUGCCCAUUUCCUCCCUCAUGCUCAGCGCGGCAGACAUCGACUCGGAGGACUCCACCGUUAAAUUCAUCGUCCAGCCGCCCUUUUCCGCCAUCGGCCAGGUGCUGCUGCGCCAGGCCGAGGCCCCGGAGGACCCGUCCACCUGGAAGUUCAACACAGAGGAGGAAAUGUACGAGAAGGUGGUGAGCGAAUGGCUGCAGCGGGACGUGAGCGACGGCAAAGUCUUUUACAAGCACGUGGGGCCGCACAGCACCAGCACGCUCAUGGAUCACUUCACCUUCCGUGUACAAGAUGACAACGACCCCCCCAACCAGUCGGAGGAGAGCUCGUUCGCCAUCAAAAUCCUCCCCGUGGACGACCUCCCGCCCGAGCGCCACCCGGAGGCCACUUUGCAUAUGACUGUGCACGAGUAUCAGCUCACGCACUUGCGCAAGAAGUUCCUGCGCUACACGGAUCUGGACUCGGAGGACCGGGACCUCAAGUACGUCAUUUUGCAGCCGCCGACAGACACGGACCAGAACAACCCCGUCGUGCUGGGCGCUCUGGUUUUGACGGAAAACCCCAAGGUGGAAGUGUCAACUUUCACUCAGGCCCAAAUCAACCAUCACAAAAUAGCUUACCGACCGCCCGAUCUGGAGCUGGGCAUCACCACCCACGUUUUGCAGUUUCGCUACAAAGUGGAAGAUGUUUCGGGGAAUAGCGCAGACGGUGUUUUUACCGUCUUCCUGAAGCCCGUGGAUAACAAGCCGCCGCAGAUUACCAACUCUGGAUUCACAGUGCUGGAGCGGGGGGCCCAUAUCAUCACGAGCGCUGAGCUGUAUACGUCCGACUCAGACACAGACAGCAAAGGCAUCUCUUUUACUGUCGCUCGGCCUCCCCUGCACGGACACCUCCGCUUGGUGUCCGCGGACAUGACGAGAGGAGACGCUUUUCGCCUCGAGGACAUUGACGACGAGCGCGUUUCUUACGUGCACGACGGGGACGAAUCGACGUCCGACUCCGUGCAAAUCGACGUCAGCGACGGGGUCCACGUGGUCCCGAUUAACGUAAAGAUCAACGUGAAGCCCGUCGACGACGAGACUCCGUCCAUUAGCCUUCCGGCGGGGACCAUCGGCUCCUCCAUUGAUGUCUUGGAGAACGGGGCGACUGAAAUUACCAGUAAUGUCAUUCAGGGGAGAGACGAGGACACGGACGACCUCCGUUUGACCUUCAUCGUGGAGGACCCGCCGUCUCUGGGUGAAAUUUUGGUCCGAGGGCUCCCUUCGGUCACGUUCACCCAAGCCGAUGUCAUCAACGGCCACGUGAUCUACGCCCACACCGGCGGCGAGGUGGGUUUCACCACAAGACAAGACAUUUUCAACUUAACUCUGACCGACAUGUCUGACGAGUGGACGGUGGGAGGUAAUAAGAUUACCGGUGUGAGAGUGCGCGUGACCAUUCUACCGCUGGACAGCCAAGCCCCCCAAGUGUUUGUGGGGAGACUCUUUUCCGUGGUGGAGGGCGAGAAGAACGCCAUCCAGACGCAUCACAUCGGCGCGGAUGACGUGGACACGCUGGUGGAAGACCUCCUGUGCACCAUCGUCGUGCAGCCCACUUUGGGCUACGUGGAGAAUAUUUCCCCGGCCCCCGGCUCGGAAAAAUCCAGGUCCGGCACGGCCGUCAGCGCUUUCACCGUCAAGGACAUUCAGCGGGGUCACGUUUACUACGUUCAAAGCAUCCACGGAGGAGUGGAGCCGGUGGAGGACAGGUUUACGUUCAGAUGCUCCGACGGAAUCAAUUUCUCCGAGAGGCACUUUUUCCCCAUUUCCAUCAUCCCGGCCAACGAUGAAAAGCCGGAGAUAUACAUGAGGGAGUUUGUGGUCAUGGAGGGCAUGAACAUCGUGAUCGAUACGCCCAUUCUGAACGCGGCCGACGCCGACGUCCCCGCCGACCUCCUCACGUUCAUCAUCACCAGACCACCCGCGCACGGAUUUCUCCUCAACCAGCUCACCACGGGCACCGUGCCCGUGCACAACUUCACCUUGGAGCAGAUCAGCGAGGCCUCCAGCAUCGUUUACGAGCACGACGACUCGGAGAGCACGCAGGACAGCUUCGACGUGCUCCUCACCGACGGCAAGUUUACCGUGCGGAGAACGGCGGUGGUCAUGAUUAUCCCCGUGGACGACGAGACGCCCAGGAUGGCCAUCAACGACGGCCUGGACGUGGAAGUGGGCGACGUCAAAGUCAUCAACGGCGACGUUUUACGAGCCACCGAUCUGGACUCGGAGGACGGCGCGUUGACUUAUAUCGUUCGCCUCGUGCCCGGGCAGGGCUACUUGCAGAAAAGCACGCCAGACGGCGUGCUGCAGAACAUAACCCUCGGAAUGAAUUUCACCCAGGACGAAGUGGACCGGGGUUUGAUCGUUUACGUGCACAGCGGCCAGGAGGGCGUUCGCGACAUCUUCAAAUUCGACGUGACGGAUGGCUUCAACCCGUUGAUCGACAGAUACUUUUAUGUCACCGUGGGCGGCAUCGACAUGGUCUUCCCCUACGUGGUCAGUAAAGGCGUGUCCCUGAAGGAAGGCGGCAGGGUCACUCUGACCACAGACCUGCUCAGCACCAGCGACCACAACAGCCCGGACGAGCACUUGGUCUUCACCGUCACCCGAGCUCCGGUGCGAGGCCACCUGGAGUGCACGGACACGCCCGGGAUGCCCAUUUCGUCCUUCACGCAGCUUCAGCUGGCGGGCAACAAGAUCUAUUACAUCCACACGGCCGACGACGAGGUGAAAAUGGACAGCUUCGAGUUCGAGGUGACCGACGGCUACAACCCCGUGUUCCGCACCUUCCGCAUCUCCAUCACGGACGUGGACAACAAAAAGCCGGUGGUGACGGUGCACGGCCUGGCGCUGACGGAGGGCGAGAGCAAGCUCAUCACGCCUUUCGAGCUCACGGCGGAGGACAGAGACACGGCGGACCGAUUCUUGACGUUCACGCUCACCCAGAUGCCCGUUCACGGCCGACUGCUCUUCAACGCCAGCCGGCCCGUGGCCUCCUUCACCAAGCAAGACCUCAACGAGAACAUGAUCAGCUACAAGCACGACGGAAGCGAGAGCGCCGAGGACAGCUUCUCCUUCACGGUGACGGACGGCACCCACGCCGACUUCUACGUCUUCCCCGACACGGUCUUCGUGACCCGAAAGCCGCAGCUCAUGAAGAUUCGCAUCGUCCCGUUGGACAACGGCGUGCCGCAGAUCGCGGUCAACAAGGGCGCCCCCACCUUGCGGGUCCUGGACGGCGGGCGCCUCGGCUUCGUGAUCACCGGCAAAUCCCUCAAGGCGGAAGACCCAGACAGCACGCAGGGUUCUGUGCUUUUUCGGAUUACGGGCGCCCCGCAGCACGGCUACCUGGUGGACACCAGCAAAGGAAAUGCCACCGUCAGCACUUUCACGCAAGCGAACAUCAACGACAUGCGCAUCUGCUACAUCUUGAGGAAAGGCGACGACGCCACCAACGACAUCUUCCAUUUCUCCAUCGAAGACAGCGGUGGCAACAAACUGAGGAACCAGCACUUCCGCCUCAACUGGGCUUGGAUCUCAUUGGAGAGGAAGCACUAUGUGGUGGACGAGGAGCUCAAGUUCCUGGAGGUGGUCCUCAAGCGUCGAGGCUACCUGGGCGAGACCUCCUUUGUUAGCAUCGGCACCAAGGACGGAACGGCGCUCAAGGACAAAGAUUUCCGCGGCAAAUCUCAGAAGCAGGUGCAGUUCAACCCGGGUCAGACCGCCGCCACCUGGAAGGUGCGCAUCCUGCCAGAUAGCGAGUACGAGGUGUCCGAGACCUUCCAGAUCGUUCUCUCCGAACCUGUGAUGGCCGUCCUCGAAUCCCCGGAAGCCGCCAGCGUGGAGAUUGUGGACCCUGCUGAUGAGUCAUCCGUGUUCAUUCCGGCAGCCGCGUACAACAUCGAGGAGGACGUCGGCGAGCUGAUGGUGCCGGUGAGGCGUAGCGGCGACGUGGCCCAGGAGCUCAUGGUGGUCUGCUUCACUCAGCAAGCGUCGGCCACGGGCACGGUGCCCACCAGCGUGCUGUCCUACUCCGACUACAUCUCGCGUCCGGACGACCACCGCAGCGUGCUGCGCUUCGACAAGGGCGAGGUGGAGAAGCCGUGCCGCGUGGUGAUCAUCGACGACUCGCUCUACGAGCCCGACGAAAGCUUCAACGUCAGCCUCGGCGUGCCCAUGGGGGGCCGCCUGGGCGCCCGCUUCCCCAGCACCAGAAUCACCAUCCUGCCCGACAUGGACGACGCCCCCGUCUUCUACUUCGGCCACACCGACUACCACGUGGACGAGAGCGACGGCUCGGUGGAGGUGCAGGUGUGGAGGACGGGCAGCGACCUUUCCAAAGCCGCCAGCGUCACCGUGCGCUCCCGAAAGACGGAGCCCGUCUCGGCCGAAGCCGGAGCGGAUUACGUGGGGAUCAGCCGGAAUCUGGACUUUGCGCCGGGCGUCAGCACGCAGACGUUCCGCGUGACCAUCCUGGACGACCUGGGCCAGCCGGUGCUGGAGGGCCCCGAGAGGUUUGAGCUUCUGCUGCAGAUGCCCAUGAACGGCCUCCUCGGGGCACCCGCCAAGGCCGUGGUCCUCAUCAACGACUCCGUGUCGGACCUGCCCAAAGUGCAGUUCCGCAACAGCCUCUACGUGGGCGAGGAGAGGUCGGGGCGGAUCGCGGCGAGCGUGUACCGUAGCGGCGACAUCGGCCACAAGUCCACCGUGCGAUGCUACAGCAGGCAAGGCACGGCGCAGGUCGUGAUGGACUUCCACGAGAGGCCCAACACGGACGCCUCCAUCAUCACCUUCCUGCCAGGGGAGGUGGAGAAACCUUGCGUCCUGGACUUGGUGGAUGACACGGAGCACGAGGAAGACGAGGAGCUGCGUCUGGUGCUCGGAAGUCCGAAAAGCGAUUCUCCCUUCGGCGCGUCCGUCGGCCGGCAGAACGAAACGCUCAUCAGGAUCAAAGAUGACGCCGACAAGUCCGUCAUCAAAUUCGGCGAGACCAAAUUCAGCGUGAACGAACCCAAAGAACGAGGCCAGGUGUCGGUGGUGAGAAUCCCCGUGGUGCGGGUGGGGGACUCGUCCAAGGUGUCUGUUGUCCGAGUCCACACCAAAGAUGGAUCCGCCACCUCGGGGGAGGACUACCAUCCCAUCUCUGAGGAGCUCGUAUUCGGAGAAGGUGACGCCGCGCACUUUGUGGAGCUGGAGGUUUUAUACGACGGGGUCAGAGAGAUGAGGGAAGCCUUCACCGUGCACCUCAAGCCAGAUGAGAACAUGGUGGCAGAGACGCAGCUGACCAAAGCCAUCAUCUACAUCGAGGAGAGCAACAGCAUGGCAGACGUGACCUUCCCCUCGGUGCCCAGGGUGCUUUCGCUGCUUCAUUACGACCACGUCGGCAAGCCCCCCGACUCGCUCCCCGUGGCCGGCUACCCCGUCGUUUGCGUCACCGCGUGCAACGUGAAAUACCCAGACUACGACAAGACGGGCUCCAUCUGCGUGAGCGAGAACAUCAACAACACUCUGACACGCUACCGCUGGCUCGUCAGCGCCCCCAAGGGCCCGGACGGCGUGACGGGCCCCAUGCGCGAGCUGGACUUUGACACCUUCUUCACCUCGUCCAAGCUCAUCACGCUGGACUCGGUCUACUUCCAAGCGGGCUCCAGGGUGCAGUGCGCCGCCAGGGCCGUCAACUCGGACGGCGACGAGGGGCUGGAGCUCAGCAGCCCCGUGGUGAGCGUCAGCACGGACGAGGGCAUGUGCCAGCCUCGCGUGGCGGGCACGGUGGGGGCCGAGCCCUUCUCAGCCAAACUGCGCUACACCGGAGCCGAGGACCCCGAGCAUCCCAAUCUCAUCAAACUGACCGUCACCAUGCCUCACAUCGACGGUAUGCUACCCGUGGUGUCCACCCGCGCCCUGUCCAACUUUGAGCUGACCCUCAGCCCGGACGGCACCCGCGUGGGCAACCACCGCUGCUCCAACCUGCUGGACUACUCGGAAGUCAAGACGCGCCACGGCUUCCUCACCGACGCCACCAAGAACCCGGAGGUGCUGGGCGAGACGGCGCCGUACCAGUACAGCGCCGCGCUGAGGGGCGCCGGCACGCUGCGCUUCUACCGCAACCUCAACCUGGAGGCCUGCCUGUGGGAGUUUGUCAGUUACUACGACAUGUCCGAGCUGCUGGAGGACUGCGGCGGAACCAUCGGCACCGACGGCCAGGUUCUGAACCUGGUCCAGUCCUACGUGACACUGCGGGUGCCGCUCCACGUGUCCUACGUCUUCCACUCGCCGGUGGGGGCGGGCGGUUGGCAGCACUUUGACCUGCAGUCGGAGCUGAGGCUGACUUUUGUGUACGACACCGCCAUCUUGUGGAGGGACGGCAUCGGCAGCCCCCCGGAGGCCGAACUCCAAGGCGCGCUCUACCCAAGCAGCAUGCGUAUUAACGAACUGGGACGCCUGGUGGUCAACUUCCGCACCGAAGCUCGCUUUCGGGGCCUGUUUGUCGCCAGGCAUCCUGCUUCCGGCCUGACCUCCAUAGUCAUAAGCGCGGACCACCCUGGCCUGACGUUCAACCUCAGCCUGGUGCGCAGCGAGCCCACCUACAACCAGCCCAUCCAGCAGUGGACCUUCAUCUCGGACUUUGCCGUACGCGACUACUCGGGCACGUACACGGUGAAGCUGCUGCCGUGCACGUCGCCGCCCGGCCUGGAGUUCACCGUCCCGCCCGUGUGCAACCCCAGGGAGCCCGUGGGCUUUGAGCUGGACAUCCGAUUUCAGCAGGUGAGCGAUCCCGUGGCUGCCGAGUUCAGUCUGAACACAGAGAUGCUGCUGCUCUCCAAAAAGACCCUGUGGCUCUCCGACGGCACCGCGAGCUUCGGCCAGACCAGCGACACGGCUUUCUCGCAAGGCGACACCAUCUACGGCCGCGUCAUGGUUGACCCGGUCCAGAACCUGGGCGACUCCUUCAUCUGCAACAUUGAGAAAGUAUUUCUGUGCACUGGCGCCGACGGCUACGUGCCCAAAUACAACCCCGACGGCUUUGAGUUUGGCUGCCUGGCCGACGCACCCUCGCUGCUCUACAGAUUCAAAAUUAUCGACAAAGCCCAGCCAGAGACCCAAGCCAGGACUUUUGGAAACGUGGGCUUCAGCGCCCGCUUGGCUGUCGACGACCCGGCCGCUCUCCCUCUGGUCAGACAGCCGGGAUCAGAUGGAUUCAGCCUGGAUUCAUCCGCCCUCUUCCAGGUGUCCGCCGGUCGAGAGUGGUUCAUCCACGCCAUCUACACGGUGCGCUCCCGGGACAACGCCAAGCGGGGCAUCGGCAAACGCAGCCUGGAGUACCACACUCUGAGCCGGCACCGGCGCUCCGCCCACGUCGAGGAAAUCGGUGCCGACAAUAACCGCGGCACCAACAUCCUCCACAUCGCGCUGAAGGGCGCCGAUCUGGCCGGGAACGUCCCGGUCCCCGACGGGGUGGUUCCGCGUGGGCUCGCAGAGGCGGAGGACGGCGCCGCCGCCACCGAUGAGCCGGUGCUAAUAGUGGGCGUGGCGGUCGGGAUGCUGCUGGCCGUCCUGCUGCUGGUGCUGCUGGUGGCGCUGGUGCGACUCAAGCGAGACGCCAAGGGCGCGGCCGCCCCGUCACCAAGCGGCCGGGAAGCGCCGGGCGACAGCUCCGAGGUCUGAACCGGCGCCCCGUCCCGAGUACUUGGCUCACACUGACAAGAAAAAAAAAAAAAGCGGCUACUUUUGCUGAGAAAGGAGAAAAACACACUAUGUGACAAAGAAAUCAAAUUGUCAUUAGAUCAUUUGAAUCCUCUUUCAGAAAUAGAUGACCAAAAGACACAUUUUACACUAUUUUGAAUAGUAAGUCGGAAUUUUCUGAUCUGAUUUUCUUGUCAUAUUUGUAGAAAAUGCAUCCGCUGCCCACAAUAGCAGGGAAACAAAGACAACUUCAAUUUCAAAAUGUCUUUUUUUUUUUUUCUUGUCUCUGUUUCUUUAGUACUCCUGCGCCAUUUUGCAAGUGCCUCACAUUUGAUGGGAAAAAAAAGACAUUUUUGCUUGUGUUCCGAAAUCUACUUGAAACAUGUCUUUCAACGCGCUCGUCCUCGUCUUGUUUGUUUCCUCCGUCGUCGCUUAAAUAAAUGACAUCAAAAAUGUGUCUUUAACGUUUGACCUCAUUCUGCUGUGUGCGAGUAAACAUUUAGUCAUUGUAUGACAUUUUUAUUUGGAGGGAAACUUUUUAUUUGGAGGGAAAAGGACAUCUAUGCAAUUUGUGAGAUUUUACAUUUUGAUGUGUUUUUUUUUUUAUUCUAUUUUAUUUUUCACUGUACAACCUGCUUGUUAAUCUUCUCAACCCACGUGUGCUAUUGUGCUUUAUGUCCUCUAACGCUUGCAGUGAGCGCUUUUAUGCACACGUAUGUCCACCAUGUAUAUAAAUCGCUGUAGUACUUAUGAAUAUGCCAUUUGGAUGUUCUUUGGGAAUGGUUGUUGGAAAAAAAAACUUGACAAAAAUGCAAACUCUGUGCUGUUAGCGUUUGUUACACAAGCACAGCGCUGAUCUGCAAAUAAAUCAUUUUUCAAAAA